AUGUCCCAAUUUCAACCCCAACCCCUACCACAACCACAACCACAACUACUACCGCAACAACUACUACCACAAUCACAACAUGAACUCCCCCAACCCACCACCCACCGCCCCUUCUUAAAGUCCCGAACCACCACCGUCCGCACAUUUCUCCUCGAAGACAUCCGCACCGACGCCCUCCUCGAGUCCGAACUCCUUCUCCUCUCCUUCGCCACCGGCAUCCAAGACGCCGCCGCCUGGCCCGACUACGCCUGCUUCGCCUCCAACCAAACCGGCAACGCGCUCUUCCUCGCCAUCGCCGCCGCCAACCUGCACCACAACGCCUACUCUGUCCCCAACAUCGCCGUCAGCCUGGCCCUCUUCGUCGCCGGCGCCCUCGUCUUCGGCCAACUCGGCCACGCGCUCGGCCCACGCCGCCGCGUCUGGCUGCUCGCCAGCAACGUCGUGCAGACCGCACUGGUCUUCGUCGCGCUGCUCGUGCAGACGGCCGGCCCGGUGCGCCGCGACGGGCCCGCAGCCAUGAGCGUCAUUGCGUGUUUAGCGUUCUCGUCUGGCGCCCAGGUGGCCAUGAGUCGCGGGCUGGGCGUCCCCGAGAUCACGACGGCGAUGGCGACGGCGGCGUUUGUCGAUGUCGUGGUUGAUCCGGGGCUGGGGAGGCUGCGGAAUCGGGGGCGCACCCGGCGAGUACUGUUUUUGAUGAUGUUGACGGCGGGCUGUUUUGUGGGCGCGUUCGCGCAGCGUGGCGUAGGAUCACAGUUUCCACUGUUGCUGUGUGCUGCUGGGAAGGCAGUUGUGUGCGUGGGUGUUUUGUUUAAUCGGCCGGUAGUCAGGCAGGAGGAGGAAGAGGACGAGGAAGGGGAAGAGUUGAAAGUAUAG